AUGUACAUCACCAACCCGUACGUGCUGACGGCCGUCGGCUGCAUCGGCGGUCUCCUUUUUGGCUUUGACAUUGCUUCGAUGUCGGCCAUUCUGGUGACAAACAACUACAAAUUUUACUUUACCAACACACCCGAUAUCGUGCAGGGCGGUAAGGUCGUCAACCUGGGUCCCGAUUCGAACCUCCAGGGUGGUAUCACGGCAUCCAUGGCCGGUGGUUCGUUUGUCGGCGCCGUCGUCUCGGGCAUUCUUACCGACUGGCUUGGUCGCCGUGGUGCCAUCAUGGUCUCUGGAUUCGUUUUCAUCGUCGGCUCCAUCCUCAUUUGCGCUGCUCAGGACGUCGCCAUGCUUAUUGUCGGCCGUUUCAUCGCCGGCGGUGCGAUUGGUAUCGCGUCUGCGCAGGUCCCUGUAUACCUCUCUGAGCUCUCGCCCGCACGUCUCCGCGGUCGUCUUGUUGGUUGCCAACAGUGGUUAUAUUGUUAUCUUCGCUGCUUGCUGAUCAAGACGAAUCACAUCCACAGGGCCAUCACUUGGGGCAUCAUGGUCUUCUACUACAUCAGUUAUGGCUGCUCCAAGGCUGCCCCUCAGGACGGCAACCACCCCAUCACCUGGAGGCUUCCUUGGGGUCUUCAAAUGAUCCCCGCCAUCAUUCUGCUGUGCUUGAUUCCCUUCAUGCCUCGUUCGCCACGUUGGCUCGCCUCCAAGGGUCGCUACGACGAAGCUCUCGAGGUCCUCGCUCUCGUCCACGGCGGCGGCGACAAGUCCAACCCCAUGGUUCUGGCCGAAUUUAAGGAGAUCCAGGAGAACAUCGAGGCCGAGCGCGGCGAGGGAUCUGGCUACAUCGACCUCUUCCGUGGCAACAUGCUCUACCGCACCCACAUUGCCAUCUUCACCCAGAUCUGGUCCCAGCUCACGGGCAUGAACGUCAUGAUGUACUACAUUGGUUACGUCUUCCAAAUGGCCGGUGUCCAGGACUCUGAACAGGCUAUCGUCUCGUCGUCGAUCCAGUACGUCAUCAAUGUCGUCAUGACCGUUCCCGCCCUCAUCUUCAUCGACCGAUGGGGCCGUCGCCCUACCCUCCUCGUCGGUGCUGCUCUCAUGGGCACCUUCCUCUUCACCAACGCCGGCAUUCUCGCAGCCCACGGCCACGAGAUUCCUGUUGACCAGAGGACGUCGGACACGGUGGUCUGGGCUGUCGGACAGACGCCCGGCAAGGCCGUCAUUGCCAUGUCUUACCUCUUCGUGGCGUCGUACGCUCCCACCUGGGGUCCCGUCUCGUGGGUUUACCCUCCCGAGCUCUUCCCGACCCGUCUCCGUGGCAAGGCCAACUCGAUUUCGACGUGCGCCAACUGGAUCUUCAACUUUGCCCUCGGCUAUUUCGUCCCUCCUGGAUUCAAGAACAUCUCGUGGAAGAUGUACAUUGUCUUUGGUGUCUUCUGCACGGCCAUGUUCAUCCACGUCUACUUCGCCUUCGUCGAGACCAAGGGCAAGACGCUCGAGGAGGUCGAGAGCAUCUUCAACUCCGGCCUCAAGCCUUGGCAGACGAGGAGGCUCACCGAGACGAGCCAGGUCGAGGAGCUCGCCCACGCCAUUGCUCAGGGCGACGACACCGCCAAGCCAAACAUCCUCAAGCGCAGCGACAGCGACGAUGUCGAAUCGCCCUCGGAGAAGGACACGAAGGAGGUCGCCUAG